AUGGACGUAAACUUUAAGAGAGAUUUACAACACCUUGUGAUAACGUUAUGUCGCAUACUAUUCAAUAAUAUACAAGAGAAUUCCACCUGUAAAAGUUUUCAACAGAUAAAUCAAAGGAUGCAUCACGGGGACAUAUCCUGCAUCGCAGAUUUAAAUCCUUUCAUUGAGUUAUUUCGAACGGCGAAAUACCUGCAAUUUGAAACGGUCACUUUCAAUUAUUCAAGUAGUACCAUCAUCUUUAAUUAUCAAUGGGAUCCGAGAGAUCAUGAUUUGAAUUUAAAUCAUUUGAUUGAGAUAUCGAAAUAUCAUUAUCAAAGUUUUAUACCCUUUAUUUAUAAAAUUGAUAGAUGGAGACGUCGUUCUUUGGAAAGUUUAACAACCUCUUCCAUAUUAUCCCACAUUGAAUAUUAUUUACCAGGAUUUAAAUAUCUUUAUGAUUUUCAUUGGAUUACUGAUUCCUUGAAUCUCUCCUUAACUUUACCUAAUACUUAUCCUUCCGAGCAAGAACCUGGUAUUUUGUUUUUGACUUCGGAUUUUGGCGUGUCCGUCGUUGUGGUUAUUAAAAGAUAUUGUGAGGAUUUGAUGUACGAGUCUUCGUAUGAUUUGGCCAAAGAUAGUGACGAUUAUGUUGAUUUGGUGAAAAAGUACAAGAAAUAUGCUGCAGAUAAACAUGCGAAUAAAUUAUUAACCGUCAUUGGAGCCACUUACACCGAAGAUCCGAACUGCCUUUAUCCUUUUAAAUUUGUGGAUGAGAUUGAUUCUUCAAUUGCAAGAUCUGUUCAAUUAUGUUCCGGGUCUACUUCCACAUCAUCACCGGUGAACAUAUAUCAAGCACCACGGCAAGAAACCGCAAAAUCGUAUGAUCCAAAUACGACGAUAUAUGGUCAGUCAUGGGUUCAGCCAUCCGAACCGGCUCAAAAAGUUCAACCAUUGAAAAUGCCAAUCAAUCCUGGGAAAAGUGCGCCAGUCGUUGGAGCGGAUUGGGUAUACGAUAAUACAUGUGAAAACAAUGAUUUUGAUGAAUAUAAUUAUCUGAAUAUCCCCCAUCCGGAUGGUUAUAACGUAUUGUUGGAAAUCGGUCAAACCUCAAACGUACAAAUAUUUAGAGCACAUUCAAUCAUAUUAAGAGCAAGAUGUUCAUACUUUAAAUCCGCCUUAUCCAAUGAUUGGUGCAAAAAGGAUGAUAAUGACAUGAUCAUUUUUAAAAAACCAAAUAUUUUGCCAAAUAUUUUUAAAGUCAUUUUAAAUUAUUUAUAUACGGGAACUUUAGAUCUCACCGAUUUGACAAAUUCCGAAUUAAUUCACUUGUUGGAGGCAACCGAUGAAUUGGCACUUGAAGAGUUAUUUUCUCACAUACAAGAACAUUUAAUCAUACAUUCUUCCGAAUACAUCAAACAAAAUCCCAAUCUAGUCAUAGACAUAGCAUUUAAACAUGACGCAUUCACAAAUCUUCAAACAUUUUGCGUAGACCUAAUAACGCAAGACCCUCAACCAUUCUUCUCGUCGACGUUAUUUGAAUCAACGGAUAUAUCGAUUUUAACGGCGAUUUUAUCUAGAGAUGAUAUCAGAAUGAAGGAAAUUGCGUUAUGGAAUCAAAUCAUUCAAUGGGGAUUACAUAAUUCUCAUACACAAGUGGAUAAAGAUGAGAUCGAACAUGACUCUUUUGAUGAUGUCUCUUCAAUAGAUUUUGUUUCGUUAAAGUCAACAUUAUCUCCUUUGUUACCUUUAAUAAGAUUUUCGGAUAUUUCUUCAAAAGACUAUGAAACAAAAGUCAAACCAUUUCAAUCGAUUUUACCAUUAAAUUUGUCAACUUUAUUAUGUAGAUAUCAUUUUGAAAAUAACAAUGGUCUUGAUCCUAUCAACUUAAAUUUAGGUCCGAGAAAACCCCCUUACAAUAUUAAUUCAACUAUAAUUAAUCACAAACAUGCGGCUUUAAUUGCGAAUUGGAUUGAUUCCAAUGAGGGUAAUUUAAAUGUUAACGGUAAAAUUCAAUACGGUAAGAUAAGAUUUAAUCUCCUAUAUAGAGGGAGUAAACAUCUAUUCUCUUUUGAAAGGUUUCAUAAAAUGUGUGAUAAUCAAGGUCCUUCGCUUGUUUUAAUUAAAAUUAAAGUUAAUAACAAUGACAUUGAGGUUGACAGAAGAGAAGAAAUUAUAGGAGGUUAUAAUCCUGUUGGAUGGCAAAGUGCGAAUCAGUAUAUUACAAGAGAUGACAGUUUUAUUUUUAAUUUAGGCGACUUAUUCGAAUCAAAAUAUAUUUUAAGUAGAAUACAACCAAAUCUUAAAAAUUAUGCUAUUUACGAUGGCGAAAAUUUUGGUCCAAGUUUCGGCAAAGGUGAUAUGGAAUUUUCUUGUACCGCUAAACCAAGAGAAGGUUUUUGUAGGUGGAGAUGUUAUGAUAAACCAAUACGGCAUACUGAAGAUCGAUUUUGGGUUGAAGAAAUUGAGGUUUUCAAAGUCGUUCAAUAA